CACAAUGGGCUCUAACUUGUUGAAAUGUGAGUUUUGUGGUGCUGCCUUUGAGACACGUCGUGGUUUGUCUAGCCAUGCCCGCUCUCACCUACGCCAGCUUGGCAUCGGCAUGUCAGAGAACAGUGGUGCACCCAUUGAUCUUCUCUACCAGAUCACUAAGGAACGCUCCAUUGACACACACUUUACUGGCACCUCCCCUACUGUGGAAUCUCCCAAAAAGCUCCAGCACCAUGCCCCUAUUGUUCCUAUACCUAGCCCCACAAAAGAUGUUGAAACUGAAGAAGGACUGCUGGACACCAAGCCCCCUGUCCCAUUCUCUAUUGCGGCUUCCGCUAUUAAAGUUUCCUCUUCACCAACUACUCACUCUGCAGCUGGCUCCCUGCCUUCCUCUCCAUUUGUAAAGUCUCGGUCCCCUUCCCCAGUGCUGAGAAAGGCUCCCAUCUCUUCCCUACUACCCGUGUCUUCCCCAUUGCGAUCCCAGGAGCAUAAGACCUUAGGAAAGAACCAGCCUACCAACCUUUCUAGUCCGAACAAACCAUUCUGGGCACCGCAAGAUACGGAUGCCCCAUUGAAUCUUACGAUGGACAUGGACUCUAAAGACAUUAUUUGCCAGUUGUGUGGUGCGUGGUUUGAAACAAGAAAAGGCCUCUCUAGUCAUGCUCGUGCCCAUUUGCGCCAUUUUGGGAUUGAGUACUCAGAAUCUAAGGGUUCCCCCAUUGAUUUACUCAACCGGUUCAUCUUGACUGAUGACUUUAAGCACAGAGCAAAUUCUUUUCUAUCAGAUGCUCCAGAAGACCUGAGGUCCCAGAAGACCACCGUGACAUCCCUUUUACCCUCCACUUCCACUUCACCUAAAAGAUCACUUCCCUCCAGCCCUGUCCUGUAUAAAACAGCAACCACUUCUGUGAGGACAACAAUUGGCUCUAAAGCUACCUCAACUUCUUCCCACCCUUUAUUGGGCCCACCCCCAAAGAAGCUGAAAGCCUCUUCAUUGCAAGUACUUCGUUUCAGUAGUGGAGAAGUUAUGUCCUUUCCUAUAGAGCCAAUGAAAGACGUGGGCUGUGAAUUCUGCGGAGAACUUUUUGAGAACCGCAAAGGCCUCUCCAGUCACGCUCGCUCCCAUUUGCGCCAACUUGGGAUCACAGAAUGGUCUGUGAAUGGCUCACCAAUUGACACACUAAAAGAUAUUAUAGUCCGUCGAGGCCUGCCAUCCAUCAAACCUCUGAAGUCCCCCAAAUCCCCCUCUUCUUCUCCAAUUCCUGGGCUGUCUCGGACCACAGUCCAGUCUUCUUCCCCACCAGGGAAUGUGCUUGGGCGCCCGUCUUUCCAUUUUGCCCAAACUCCCAGCCACGACCAGCCUACUACACGCAAAAUGUCUCCUUCGACAUCUACUGCCAGCUCUUCCCCAAACGUAGAGCUCGUUAAACCGAAACCAGAGCCUGAAAUUGUGGAGGUUACAAUGAAAGGAUCAGACAUGGGAGUAAAUGAAAGCUACAACCCAGAGCCACUACAUUCCAGUUUAGACACUUCAGAUAAUGUUUAUCCUGUCAACUUGGUUAUGACUCAGGAGAAGGAACCUUCCCGUGAUAUUCGCUGUGAAUUCUGUGGUGAAUUCUUUGAAAACCGCAAAGGCCUCUCAAGCCAUGCACGUUCACACUUGAGGCAUAUGGGUAUCACAGAGUGGUCUGUGAACGGCUCUCCCAUUGACACACUUUGGGAAGUCAUGAGGAGACAAGGCACUACCCCUGCAUCUGUUGCCUUUGGCAUAAAGGAGGAACCAGGACAGGAUAGUGGGAUUUCAUUAAACAGUCCAGGCUAUCAGUCCUCUGCCCUGUCCCGAAAGUCACCUCUUAACCUGCUUCACUCUGGCUCGCGUCUUCAUAAGCAUGGGCUGGGAAGCGUUGCCUUGUCCUCUACCUCAUCUGUGGGGAAGAUUUUUGGAGUGCCUCCUAUGAAGAAGAAGGUACUGGUGGAGGAGGGACAGCCAGGAGAGAAAGCAUUGCUCAUUCAAUCUAAAAAUUUCUCACCUCCCCCACAGGACUAUUCCUUUAGGGGUAAAGCCUCAGUGGAGAAACAUGGGGUAGGCCACAUGGAUGCCAGUUGUGAACUCUGUGGAUUUUACUUUGAGAACCGGAAGGCACUGGCCAGUCAUGCUCGAGCACAUUUACGUCAGUUUGGAGUGACAGAGUGGUGUGUAAAUGGUUCGCCUAUCGAGACGCUGAGUGCCUGGAUACGCAGCCGUCCACAGAAGGCAGCAGAGAUGCAGCAAAGUUAUGUUCAAGGAGCCCGCUAUGCCCAAAAGAAAAGGUGCGGUUCUGCUCUCUCACCAUCCCGUGACUCUGACUCUACAACUCCUGUUUCCCAAAAGCCCACUGUGGCCAAAUGGGCAUCUCUCACUUUGCCUCAAAAGAGAGCAAUUGGGCGGGAUGUCAAAAGUUGUCCCUGGGGGUUGUCAUCACGGGGAACUGACGCAAAAAGCAGGAGUGGAAGUUCCACUCAGCAUGGCCUUAUUCCACAGCCUGGCACUCAUCAUUCCAAUAAUGCACUUCCACAUGCGCAGGUGGCGCAUAGUGAACUCAACGUGCGUUUGCCACGAGGAUUUGAGAGACGCCCACUUAAACAUCCAUCACAUGCUGAAGGAGGGGUGGGAGAGAGUGGCACCCCGAAACCUCGCUCCAGUACCGUUCCUGCCCUUGUGCCAAAGCCCCCCUCCACUCCACUGGUUAAACUUGUGGGUAAAAUUUACUCACUUAAGUGCCGGUUCUGUGACGUGGAGUUUCACGGCCCUCUCUCGGUACAGGAGGACUGGAUCAGGCACCUACAGCAGCACAUCCUCAAUCUUAACUACAACAAGACUGCUUCACCUGCAAACGACACUCCCGCCCAAAGUGACACACCUGAUCCCAAGCCCCUAGUCUCAGCUGCUACCUCCACGUCAACUACGACCACAGCCCCCUCCACGACCCCGUCCACACCCUCCCCAAAGCCCACAACUACACCCACAUCAGCCUCCACACCUACACCCGCCCCCAGCCAAGCUUCAGCGGGGCGGCCGGCUACAGCAGAGCCAGUUCCUUCUCCUGCUAAUUAGGCCAUGUGUCCUUCCUACAUAUGUAUGAGAUGCCAUCAUCUUCGGCAGUCAUUUACAUGAUUUGUUUCUGUAUUACUAAUCUUUGAUUAUUUCAAUCUCUGAUCAAAGGGAGAGAUUUUUCGAAAAAUCUCAGCUAGCGACCCACUUACCCUGACCUACAUCGCGAGCAUCUGUUAUGAUUCAGGCGCUAGGUAGGUGUGUUGCCAUGACAGUUCUCAUCUCCCUUUUGUCGGCCGUAAUUUAUGAACAAGAAAAAGUCACAGUAUAAUACAAAUUACAUUUGUUUUGUGGAUAAGCUUUGAUGAGUAUGUGGUGAGUUCAGUUCUGUAAGCUAUUUGGCCCUUAUGCCCAAUGACUAGUAUUUUGUUUUUUUAAAAUAUCUCACAAAACUCUUUAGCUUACCAAAUGUAUUCUUAAAUGGUCAGCAAAGUAGAGAAUUACAAUCAAAAAGGCACAGAUAUAAAGCUCACCCUUAAAUGGUUUCACUAUGAAGCACUUAAACAAAAAGCUUUGACCGUUUGAAACAAAGCUUAUCUGUUUCUAGCAUAUACAAGUUCACAGUUUGUGUUAACUGUUAAAAGUUAACUGUUUUAGCUGUGAUAACUGACUACAAGGCUGUACUGCCAUGCAGCUAUCAAAAGAUACGAUGUUCGUUUUAAGCAGACAAAGAUAGGUUUGUGUCCUGACAGGACAUGGCUUUUCUUUUCUGCAGUCCCACUGCAAUCUAGACCUUGAUAAUGUCAUUUGAAUCUUGCCACUUGGUUGAUCAAAUUUGUCUGGAACCAAUUGCUGCUAAAUAUUUAAAUAAGCUAAGCACACUUAGUUAAAUGCAUCGUUUUAGCACAUGACCAACAAAAUGAGCAUGCAAAUUGUCAUGCCUUCCAGUUGUAUUCAACCGUACGUAUUUAUGCCUUUGUUGCUUUUUUGUAUGGCUCAUUGUUUUGUAGCAAGUUUGCACAAGCUUCAUGCUUUGAUUAAUCCGAUCCUAGAUCGCUCCAUUUUCUCUCCAUUUAAUCCUGUGCUUGGCACAAAGUAAACUCUAAUUGAAACAGUCGACGCAGCUGUCUAAAAGACUUCUUUGUUACUUUUUAAAUAAUGAAGCUUUCUGAGAAACUGCCUUGGAACAAGUUGAUGGCCUGAAGUAUUUUAUGCUCAUAAAAGUCACUUUUUUCCCCCCAGAUGCAUUUCAAGAGAACCCUAAUUAUGGCUCAUCUGAAUGUUGAACGAGCUUAACUUUUUGGCUACACUACAUUUGAAUGUUUCUCUAGAGUAAAUGGUUAACGCACUUUUAUCUGCAAAGAAUUAGGGAGUGUUCGUGUAUAUAUAAAACGUAUAUCUUUUUAGUUUUUCUGAUCGUAAAGUGCUUAGUCUGAGACUUUUUUCUUAACAAUGUUUUUCCCUGUACCAAUUUGAAGGCAUUUUCACAAAAACGUAAACUGUAGAAAUUUCCCAGUGACAGAAUGUGCCAAAGAGAACGUGACACGUCUCGGUAGCUUUAGCUUUUGCGAGUUUUUUGCAAGUCUGUCGUUUUGUCUUUGAGCAGUUGAUGGUAGCAGCAGAUUUGCUGCUGUGGAUUUGCUUGAAAAAAAAAAAUAAUAAUACAUAGAAACUGACAAUUGAGUUAUACUAUGUGAGUAUACUAGACAAGUACACCAUACUCGUGAUGCCAGGAAUUGACUCUGACGAUUUUUUACUGCGAAUAUGGUGACUGCCUCCCAAACAUACGAGUGCUUUGGAUCACAUUUCCAUAUCUACACAGGAAAGCAAUAACAAACCGCUCCGCUAUGGAUGUUUGUUGCAGCUUUCACGACUUUACUCUUGACUGUUAGGCUUUUAGUAUUCCAAAAGGGAAUAUUAUUGAUAUAUCUAACCUAACACAUGUAUAGAUGAGAAGAAGAUUUUAACAGUUUAACACUUCAAAUGUGGUCUUGAUCAUUGUGAAUUUAUUUUGAUUUCUAAUGCUGUGUAUUUUUUAAUGAGACGUGCGUUCCUUUACUUGCAGUUACAUACCAGUGGAAUAGAUCAGCGUUUUAUUUUUGAUUCUGUCAGUUUCUCUUUUAAGAUACAGGACAUUGGUGCUUGUGGAUUUUUAAUUGAAGAUUGUUCCAAAGGGAGAUUGUCAAGUCCUUUGCGCAAGGACUCUAAAAACGUGUGUCUUAAAUUCAACGGCUCUGUACAUCAUGUUCUUGGUUAGUUAGGUCUUUUUGUGACUGUUGCCCAGUUGGCAUGUGCUUUACAGCUGAUGGUGUGCGUUCUCCUAAAGAUAUCCUCAGCUGGUUUAGACCGCGGUGUCUGUACAAGUAUUCGUGUGUAUGAGAGAGACAAAAAUACUUUUUGUGACUGAAAGAGAGAAAUGCCAUCGAAGUGUUAACCAGAGGAAGAUUCGUGUGAAUCUGCUCUUGAAUGAAAAUCAUUAAAUGUGAUCUGAAAUCUC